AUGAACAGGUCUAGCUUUGACAUCCAACCCCUGCACCGCUUCGGCGGUGCCAAUACCUCCAUCCGGCGGCCAAAGGAAAUCGCCUGCUUCUCAUAUGAUGACGAGCGCCGUUUCUCACUGGGUGAUUCAUCCAUGGCCUAUUACUACACGCCUACUCUGCCGGCAGACUUGAAUCAGGGCUAUGACACGUUCCAAAAGCUCAAUGAUGCUCCGGAUGAGCAUCUAGAUGCUUUGCUUGAUACCAUUGCUGCUCAUGAGAAAGCCACAGAGAAGAAGUGUGAUGUUGAUAUCGUCACUUGGCGAGGGAUGAUGACCAAGAUUCUGACGGCCCCAUUUAAUAACAAUGAUGGCUUCGAGAUGAACGCAACUUGUUUCCAGGGUACCAUUUUCAUCGAAGAGAACAACGAGUACAAAAACCUACAAAAAGAGCUCCAGCAUAAGCGAGGAUCACCGCCCGGAAUGGCACCACAAGAGCUCAUGAUGUACUGGGGCUACAAAUUCGAGUACUUGGCAGUACUCCGCAAGCCAUGGGAUGAAUCAACCCGUGAAGAAAUUGAGAAUCGCCAGAAUGUUAUCGUCAACAACGCCGCCCAGUAUUGUUCCGUCGUCCGCACCGGAAUUGGGAAUACGCGCAUGGUUCUCGGCGGAGAGGUAGAUGCCAUCUGGGAUUGCAAACCAUCACAAGAAGGAGCACCCAUAAACUGGGUCGAACUAAAGACAUCGGCUCAAAUCCGCAAUGAGCGCGACAUGCUCAAGUAUGAGCGCAAACUGCUCAAGUUCUGGGCUCAAUCCUUCUUGCUAGGUGUGCCCAAAAUCAUCGUGGGAUUCCGUGAUCAAAAUGGUAUCUGCCAUAGCCUUGAAGAACUGGAUACGGCCAGCAUUCCAGGAAAAGUGCUGAGUGUCGGCAAGCGCUCCUGGGAUGGGAACAUCUGUAUCAACUUCGCUGGUGCAUUCUUGGACUGGCUCAAACAGACCAUCAACCGUGAGGGGACGUGGAGGAUUCGAAAACAGGAGAAAUCCUCGGUCAUUGAGGUUUUCCAGGUUGAGGAGCAGGGACAUGGUGAUAUCCUCUCGCCUGCGUUCAAAGCCUGGCGAACCGCCACAGGGUCUAUGGAGUCAUAA